AUGAAGAUCAUUAGUUGGAAUGCCCAUAGGCUUGGGAACCCACGAGGCAUUCGAGUCCUCUGUGACCUGGUGAAGAGGGAAGUGCCCGAUAUCCUGUUUUUACAGAAGACAAGACUCAAAACUCGCGAAUUUGAGGUAUGUAAAUUUAAAUUAGGUUUUCCUAAUUGUUUGGUUGUGGAUAGUGUUGAUAGAAAAGGAGGCCUCACAUUGUUUUGGGGAGGGGAGAUAUCUCUGUCUAUUAUCAACUAUCCAUACUGUCAUAUCGAUGUUGUUGUGGAGGAUGAUUCAUUAAAGGGUAGAUGGCCUUUUACAGGUAUCUACAGGUACCCUGAGACGAGUCAAAGAUUCAAAACAUGGCAAUUGUUACGUUCUUUGUGUAGGAAAAAUGAUGAAGCAUGGAUGGUUUUGGGGGAUUUCAAUAAAGUAUUGCAUCAUAAUGAGAAAUAUGGAGGUAAUCCAAGGCCUGAUUGGCAACUGUCCGCCUUUAGGGAAUUGGUUAAUGAUUGUGCUUUGAGGGAUUUGGGAUUUCAGGGUAAUAAAUUUACUUGGAGCAAUUGUAGAGUAGGUCCUCAUUGCAUUUGUGAGAGGCUUGAUAGGGGUAUGGCUAAUUCCCAAUGGUGGAGUAAAUACCCAAGUGCUUCUGUUACUCAUGGUCUGGUGGCUUACUCAGAUCAUGUUCCAUUUUGGGUUAAUACUGAGGGGGAUGGAGGCAAGAUCAGAUCACAAAGGCAGUUUAGAUUUGAAGAAAUGUGGGUAGGGGAGCAGACUUGUGAGGACAUUAUUAGAGCUACUUGGAGGAGGGGAAAAUAA